CCACCAGCCAAUUAUGGUGGCCAGCACAUGGUGACUAUGAUUCCUGGGGAUGGCAUUGGGCCAGAACUCAUGCUGCAUGUCAAAUCUAUAUUCAAACACGCCUGUGUGCCUGUGGACUUUGAGGAAGUGUUAGUGACUUCUGCUUCUAGUGAAGAGGAUGUUCACAAUGCCAUCAUGGCUGUCCGUCGAAACCGUGUGGCUUUGAAGGGCAACAUUGAAACAGAUCACACUCUACCACCUUCUCAUAAGUCCUACAACAAUAUGUUUCGCACUACCCUAGAUCUCUAUGCCAAUGUCAUCCAUUUCAAGAAUCUGCCAAGUGUGGAGACCCGGCACAAGGACAUAGAUAUCUUAGUUGUUCGAGAAAACACAGAGGGUGAGUACAGCAACCUGGAGCAUGAGAGUGUGAGAGGAGUAAUAGAGAGCUUAAAGAUCAUUACUAAAGCAAAAUCAAUGCGCAUUGCUGAAUAUGCCUUCCAGCUGGCCCAGAAGAUGGGUCGCAAAAAAGUGACAGCUGUGCACAAGGCUAACAUCAUGAAACUGGGAGAUGGUCUCUUCCUCCAAUGCUGUACAGAGGUGGCAUCCCACUAUCCUCAGCUCACCUUAGAAAGCAUGAUUGUGGACAAUACUACAAUGCAAUUGGUAUCCCGUCCUCAACAGUUUGAUGUCAUGGUGAUGCCUAAUCUUUAUGGCAACAUUGUCAACAAUGUAUGCACAGGAUUGGUGGGGGGAGCAGGCCUGGUACCUGGAGCCAACUAUGGCCACUUAUAUGCAGUGUUUGAGACAGCUGCAAGGCAAUCAGGCAGGCAUUUAGUCAAUAAGAAUAUUGCCAACCCUACUGCCAUGCUGCUGACAAGUUGCACUAUGCUGGACUACCUCAAACUCCACUCCUAUGCCACUCACAUUCGUACUGCAGUAUUGGCAUCACUAGACAACAAAAAUGUUCACACCCCAGACAUUGGAGGCCAGGGUACCACGUUGGACAUCAUUCACAGCAUAAUGGAUCGCAUCUGA